AUGGGGCUCAGGGGCCAGUUCCCCUGGGACAUUAAAAACUACACAAGUCUAACAGGGUUAGACCUCUCGAAUAAUGUACUUUCAGGACCCCUCCUAUUUGACAUAGUAGAGUUAGUCCCGUCUCUCACAAGCUUUGACCUCUCAAUCAACAGAUUUUCUUGCGAAAUCCCAAAGAACUUUGUCAAUUGCAGUUAUCUAAAUGUCCUUAAACUUGACCAAAACCAACUAACUGGUGAAAUCCCUCCCAAAUUAGGCAUCCCUGGUCGUAUUAAAACUUUUGGUGUCUUUAACAAUAUGUUGUCAGGGGUUGUCCCUUACUUUGUCGAUACCAAUGUUCUAGCCGAUUGCUUUGCUAACAAUAAGGAACUUUCACAAACACCUUAA